AAUUCGAUUAUUAAAAUAUGAACGUUUUCAAGUUAUUGGAUCAGUUUUCUGACUUAGUAAUUUUUGGCACUCAUUCUGAGAUGUUCUGCCGAUACUGUUCGAAUAAAGACAAACAGUUGAAUUGAUUUUAAUCUUAGAAAAAUAGUGGUGAUUUUCUUAUAGCAGUAGAGACAAAAAUAAUAUAUAAGAGAGGAAAUUUACAUUUCAAAAGUUGAAGGAAUUUAGAGCGAGCUCCAGUAGCUCCGUGUCGCGGAACUGACCCAAUUAUUGCGUAAUUCGAUAAGCAAUUUUCAAAAUAAACAUUUGAUCCAUGGAUUUUUUUUUUAAAUUUCUCAACUCGAGAUGUGUAGAUACUUUACUGCCUAUAGCUGCUUAAUAAUUUUCACUAACUGUUGGAUUUUUGUGAAUAUGUUCACAUACAACUGCAUUCAUGAUGAUAUCACCCUUCAUAACAAAACACCUGGUUACUUUAACUACAAAAAGUUAAGGAAAAAGCGAGAAAGUAAUGAAAUAUUAUUUGAACCACUGAGCAUUUAUUUUCAUAUUGAUGAUGUGGGAAAAGUACUACCAAGUGAUGUCUAUUUUUACAUUGAUGUUGCUUUAUAUCGAGUAGCACAAUUUUUAUCAAAAACAAUUAAAGUUAAGCAUAGUAUGAAUCCUUUUGUACUUGAACGCACAAGUUGCUCACAGAUAUGGAGGGAAGGCUUGAAUAAAGGAAAAUGUUCUCGAAUGAGAUCUCGUCCAGAAUUUUGCUCUUCUAAAGAUACUGAUUUUAUGAUACCUGAUAAAUAUUUAGAUAAAUUAGAAAUUUACAACAACAUUGAUUCUGAUCCUGUAUCUAUUAUUAGCAAAGGUAGUGGUGUUAAAAAUAAAAAUUUGAUAGUUUUUGUUGUCAGUAAAACUACGUCAUGGUGUCAAAAUACUCAUGUCCAAGCAUAUGGAACUUAUUGCCGAUUGGAUGAAAGUAACAGACCUGUGGCUGGAUUAUUGAAUCUCUGUCCUGAAAAUCUUUCUAAAUCAUUGUACAAAUUUGAUCAUUAUCUCAAUAUUAUCACACAUGAGAUGUUUCAUAUCCUUGGCUUCUCAAAACAUCUCUAUCCAAAAUUUAAAACUUGCUCUUCAAGAUUUGACUGCCAAGUUCCAAAACAAAUUGUAAGCAUUGAUAAAUUUGGAAUUCAACGUCUAAUAUUUCCGGAAGUUGUAGAACAUAUGCAACUCCAUUUUAAUUGUUCUGACUCAGAAUUUGGUGGUCCAUUAGAAAACAUGCCUGCUGAAGGAUUUCAAAAUGAAUAUACGUCACAUUGGCAUCCACUUCUAAUGUAUAGUAGUAUUAUGACUCCUUCAAUACAACAGGAUGACUAUGUCGUUAUUGACAAUAUCACUCUAGCAUUACUUGCAAGCACAGGCUGGUAUGAAAUUGACUUUUCUAGAGCGCAGGCAUUUAUAUUUGGAAAAGGUGGGGGUUGUAAUUUCGGAUUUGCUCAAAAAUGUAAUGACUCGAAAUAUCUUUGUGAUUCAAGCCACCAAACUGGAUGUGAUAUAGCUUUAAAAACAAUAGGAAAAUGUGAGAAAAUUUCCUCUGAUCACCCAUGUGGAGUUUAUAAACCCAAUCACGAAGAAAGUUGCAUUGAAGAUGGAGGAGAAAAACUGAGAACUGAUUUGGAUUUAUUGGAUUAUAACCAACAGUGUGUAGUUCUUCAACAAAAAAAUGGCUUUGUUCCUAAAUGUGUUGCAUUGAAUUGUAAAACUUCAUCAUCUUUAAACUUGCUUUUUAAUGGAACUAUGGUUGACUGUGACUAUAGUAAUAAAACUCUAACAAAUGUCUCUUUGAACUGCCCAGCGGACCUUUCAUUUUGCAUUACUGAGGGAAUUGAAGUUGCUAACACAUUUUGUGAGUUUAGUAAGGAUAAAUUGGCUGUAUCUCUUCAGAUUUUCUUCAUUACACCAUCAGCUUAUGAUUUAUCAAAUGUUAGCAUUUCUAAACAGUUUGAGAUUCAAACUGUCCAAACAAUUGCUUCCAAAAUUGGUGUUCCUGUAAGUUACAUUACAAGUUCAUCUCUACAUGUUUACAAAUCAGUCUAUUUGGAAUUUACUGUUUGUCCUCCUCGAGAUGCCAAUGAAACUGCUCUAGAAUUAAUUGUCACAAAAAUGCAAGAAUUUCUCAAAAAUUCCACUUUUGCUACUAUUUUUAAGGACAAUGCAGAUUUACCAGUUGCUGCUACUGAUAUAAGUGUUAAUUCAAGAUCUGAUGAGGGAAUCAGUGAUUCUGAAGGCUUCCAGGCACUAAUCAUUGUGCCUAUAACUUGUGGAAUCUUUGCAUUGGCAACAUUAAUUGCCUCCCUUAUGAGAUAUGUAAUUAUGCAAAGUUAUAGACCUAAACGACAAACUAUAGAAAGACAAGAACUUAAUGAAAUUUCUCCAAUUUCCACAUGACAAAAGCACAUUUUAUAAUUUAAAGAAUUUUUGUUAAGAUUAUAUGAUGAAUAUUCAGAUAUUUUUUUAUAUCUGAAACGGUGCCAAUAAUUUUGUACUCAGUCUAUUUAUCUAAAAUAUUGAAUACAUAUACACACGUAUAACAUGUUAAAAUAAUGUCUCAAAUGGCAUUGCUUUUCUCAUGUAUGUAUUGCAAUAUUUUUCACGUUAAAUACUUUAUUUUGUGUACAUUAACUUAGUUAAGUGUCUAUAAUUACUUUUAAGCAAAUCAUAUUUUUAAAAUGUAAUAAAGUAUUAGUUAUUUUCAUAUCUUCGUAGUAUUAUAAUUUAUAAACAGACGUAUAAAAAUAAAGUACACAAUAGCUAUGUCCUGAUUUUUAUGCCUUGGACUUCAUUUUAAAUCUAAAUUUUUGUAUCAAUGUAAAUAAUCGAUAUUUAAUACUUACUAAUAACAUAUAUUUAUUCUUAAUAAAAGUGAAAAAUACUAUUGUAUUUUAAAUUUUGUAAUUCACUAUUUUAGAUUUUUUUCCUUCUUUUUUUUUUGUAUUUUAAGUAUUUUUUUUAUGUUUCAUUUUAGUGUUUUUUAUUUCAUUUUAGAAUUGUGCAAUAUUAAAAAAUUUUAUGCAUGUGCUCUGAUAAAAACCUUCUUAGCAAUUGAAAA